AUGAGGAGCCCCGCCAGAGGGGCCAUGAGAAGCCCCACUAGGGGGCCGUGGGAAGCCACCCCACCAGAGGGGGCGUGGGAAACCCCACCAGGGGGGCAAGGGAGCCCCAACAGGGGGGGCACGGGGAGCCCACCAGAGAGGGCAUUGGAAACCCCAUUAGGGGACCCCCGGGGAGCACCACCUGAAGGGGCACCAGAAGUAGCCCCCCACCCACCAUGGAGCCACAGUGUUAUUCCAUACAGGGCUGCCCUAGGGGUACCACCCAGAUAUACACCCCACCCUCAGUGCUUAAGGCGUCAUGAUGUCCGUCGAGAUCAGACCCAGCACUAA